AUGACUUGGACACGUGUUUUUGUGAACACAAGUCCACAAGGUUCUACAAUUUACGAUGCAUCUAGUGCAGGUGGGCUGGGGAGAGCCAUCACAACAAGGUAUUGGUCAAAUGCUUCUGGUGCUGCCAUGGUCAAACGCGAGACAUGGGGACUUCAGGUCACGAUGCAUCUGAUUCAAAUGGGCUGUGGAGAGCCAGCGCAGCAAUUCUUGCGCAAGACACCAUGGAAGAUAUCAGCUAUUGGACAAAUGCUUCUGGUAUUUGAUGCACGAUCUCCUGAACAACGCGAUGUGACAGACGCGACAUUCGAAAAAUGCAGUGUGACAGACGCGACACAUCCAGUUGAUCCGACGUGCUAUGAACAUUUGGUUUACUUACCACCGCACUCAAGACCCAACAUGGAUACUACCCUCUGUCCGUACGGCUCCAAUCAAUUGAAAGCAUCUACAGCGACUCAUCAGACUUCCACCUGGCCAUCUUCAGCUGCGGAUGAGCCUCAGGCUUCGCUUCUCCCACCUGCUCAGACAGUGGAUGCGCAAUCUUUCCCUCCUGGACCAGGAACUGAAGAUAUCUAUUCAUGGGAGGCAAGUAUCAAUAAUCGCAGCAACUCUGCUCCGUUCUUCCCCCUCGACCCCGGUUUCUUGUCCGUGGAUUGGAGCAACCCUUCUCUAUUCACGUUCCCACCUACAGGUGACACUCCCUCCCUUCCAGCGCCCUCCCUUCCAGCGCCCUCCCUUCCAGCGCCCUCGCUUCCAGCGCCCUCGCUUCCAGCAUUCACGUUCCCACCUACAAGUGACACUCCCUCCUUUCCAGCACCCUCGCUUCCAGCAUUCACAUUCCCACCUACAAGUGACACACCCUCGCUUCCAGCGUUCACGUUCCCACCUACAAGUGACACUCCCUCCCAUCCAGCGCACGAUUCCAUCAAUCCAGCAUGGAGCGACCCUUCUCCAUUCACGUUUGCACCUGCAGAUGGCCCUCCCUCCCUUCCAGCGCAUGAUUCAGCAGCUCUACCUUCAGAUUGUGAUGCCUCCCACUCGCAAGUCACCUCUUCUGAUGAUGCCCAGGAAGGCAUUCAAAACAUGGACCUGCAGCUCCAUAAGCGAGGCGACGACUCGACUUGGGCCGCGCGCAACCCCGGUCGUCCAGUUAUCCCUACCCGUCUCAAGGGUGCACCUUUGACACAGGCAGAAAAAGCCUCACGUGCCCUCAAGGCAGCCCAAUGUAAAAAAAGUGAGAAGGCACUCGAUGACACCAUCAGUAGUUUCCUUGACGACCAGGACAAAAAAAUGAAGGAUAUUGGCGCAUUGCACAGCGUUACUGAGGCCCACAUCAAGAAACUGAUCACCUACCACACACACUACAAGAAGUCCCGCGGACCUCAACUCUUCAAUGCACUGGUUCAUGCUAAGAACCAGGAGGUCAAUGGAGCUCGUCCGGUCGGAAGCAAGUUGAAGAUACAGGAGAUUCACCAGAUGGUGACAUCCGAUCCAUCCAUGCAGAAGGAGAAUUUGACCGACGGAGAGAUCAAAGAAUAUAUAGCUCAGCUCCAGGAGCAUCAGUUGCUCAAAACCGGUGGUUUGCACAGCAAUAACAUAGCUGCAGCACGAGAUCUUGAUGGGUUACGCGAGCGAUGUGGCACCUACGCCACAUUCUUUAUUGCAGGAGGGCACGUAAACGAUCAGACACCAGCAACAUGGUAUGCGACGGAUGAUGCCGCAGACUUUUGGGAAGAUGUCUUGGACCUCAUGUUGAAUGAUGUUGCGCGCAAGUUUGAACAAUGGGCGUGUAGCCAGGGCAAAAAUAUUGUAGAGCGUGACAGCCUCGAAAACAUGCAGAAGCAAGUUGGACGACUCAUCCUCAGCGGUCUACGCCAAAUGACGGGCAAGGACAACAUCGGCAUGAAUUACCCAAACUACAUCAAAUCAAUUGUCCUAUCCUACAGUAUAGUCCUCGAUGGCUGGCCUGCAACUAUUCCUUUCACAUCGCCCUGGAAUAUCCAUACUGUCUGUGAAAUACGGGACUUGCGUGAUGCUCUUAAGGCCGGGACUUGCGCUUGGAAGAGAUUGACAAAGACCGAGCUCGAAAAAUAUAAGGAGGAUCUUGAGCGACGUCGGGCAGCAGGAGAAAUGGUUGGCAAACCUCGCAAGAAGCGCUCCGACUCGGGGACGUCUUGCAAACGCAAGAACACGCAGCGAGAUGAAGGUGAGCGUCCUGCGAAGAAGUCGAGGAGGUCCAACAAGACAGGAAAAGUGUCACGUCCGGAACCCAAGAGUCGCGAGAUUAUUGAGAGCAGCAAUGAAGAGGCUUCCGUCAAUGGAGAAGACCUGGAUUAG